AUGAUUAGACACAAGGAACAAGAAGUUGUUUGGUCUAAGCAUAUUUGGAAUUCUUAUCUACACCCUUCAAUUGCUAGCAAUGUGUGGAAACUUCUUCAAUGUGUGUACUCUGAUGAUACUGUAAUGGUUAAAAAUGGGCAUGAUAUGGUGUCAAGAUGUUGCAUUUGUGCAUCUGAACAAGAUAGUAUGCAACAUCUGCUCUGGGAAUGCAAAUUCAGCACAGACAUUUGGGCUUGGAUAUGCUCAAUAUUCAAAUUUAGUCAGCCAAAAUCUUUUGAUGAUGUCUGGAAAUGUGCUGCACAUUUUAGCUCUCUAAUCAAACAGGUAUGGAUUACAACUGCUUGUUCCAUUUUAAAAGAGUUGUGGUUCCAGAAAAAUAAGUGUUACUUUGAAGGAAAAAAUCCAAAUGCUCAAGCUUUUAAAUGCAGAAUUAUGAAACUAGUGAAUGAAGGGGGAUUGAGAAUUACAGGUACCAAGUGGAAUCAGAGUUAUGAUGCUGAAAUAAUUGCAAGAUUUAACUUAGGUACUAGAAGCUCCAAAUUUCAAUGUAUUAAGAGCUGCCAUUGGUAUCCACCUGAAAAAGGAUUUGUCAUGUUUUGCUGUGAUGGAUCUUCAUUUGGUAAUCCAGGUUCUGCAGGUUUUGGAGUGGUGGUAAGAGAUCCAGAUUUUCAGGUCAUUGCUACACUUACUGGAGGUAUUGGUAUUUCUUCAAACUAUUUGGAAGAAACUUAUGGUGUUAUGUGUGCAAUGGAAUUAGUAGUUGAAUGGAAAAUGCAGAAGAUCAUAAUAGUGAAAGUCAACUUUUCAGCUGACAAUGUUGCAAAAAAAGGUGCUUCUCUUGCUGCAGGAGAUAAAAUAGUUCACAUAGGAAGGACUCAAUUUUUGCCCAGAGUUGAAAUGCCUGAUGUUGUUUACUAUAGAUUUUGUUGA